CGCGGGGUGGAGCCCAUUUAUUUGAAUCCGAGAGGUGGUGUUUGGAACCGGGAGGAGUUGGGACCGCGGAGUGUAUGAGAACAUGUGCAGUAAUGUCAUCUCAAAAGAAAAUUAACUCUUGGGCACGAAGGAGGACUUCACAGGGUAGUAGUAGCUAUCAGACUAGACUCUCAGCCUGGAGAGUAAAAGAGGACCUAAGUGACUCAAAGAGCAUCUCAAAACGUGGACAGAACAAUACUGUGGAAGAUUAUGAAGGUGCUGAUGAUCAAGCAGAAGACGCUCUACAGAUAGCAUUGAGAUAUUUUGAGAAAGGUCCCAUUAAAACUUCACAGAGUAAAGAGAAACACUUGAAAACUGUGGAAAAUGUGGCAUGGAAGAAUGGGUUAGCUCCAGAAGGAAUCGACAUUCUAUUAAGUGUGGCACUCAGUGGCAAAUUUGGGAGUGCUGUAAACACGCGGAUAUUCAAGUGUAUAAUUCCAGUAACUCUAAUAUCAGAAGAUUCUGUGGUUAAGGCGGUCUCCUGGCUUUGUGCUGGCAAGUGUUCUGGUAGCACCAAGGUGCUUUUUUAUCGUUGGCUGGUUGCAAUGUUUGACUUCAUUGAUCACAAGGAGCAAAUUAACUUGCUCUAUGGCUUCUUUUUUGCUUCAUUGCAAGAUGAUGAACUGUGCCCUUAUGUCUGCCAUUUGUUAUAUUUACUUACCAAAAAAGAGAAUGUCAAACCAUUUCGUGUGAGAAAACUGCUUGAUCUUCAGGCCAAAAUGGGAAUGCAGCCUCAUCUCCAGGCUUUGUUGUCACUGUAUAAAUUCUUUGUUCCUACUUUGAUUUCUGUAUCUUUGCCUAUGAGAAAGAAGAUCUAUUUUAAGAAUUCAGAGAAUCUGUGGAAGACCGCUCUACUUGCUCUGAGGUCAAGGAAUCAAGGAUUUCCUUCAGAACCUCUAAAGUUGAUGUUAGCUAAUGUCCAUCCUAUAAAAAGAAAUUGGAAUUCUCACUCAAUUAUACCAGUGCUAAAUUCCUGUAACUACAGUAAAGAAAGUAGAAAAAAAAGGAUGAAUCUUUCCGAUUACUUCAGUAGCAAUGGAUCAUUUCCACUGGAACAGCUUAAAAGCUUCCCUCAACUCUUACAGAACAUUCAUUGCUUAGAGCUGCCUUCUCAGAUGGGCGCAGUGCUGAACAGCUCUCUGCUACUUCACUAUAUUAACUGUGUCAGAGAUGAGUCAGUCUUACUGAGGCUGUAUCACUGGUUGAGUCAAACAUUACAAGAAGAGUGUAUUUGGUACAAGGUGAAUAAUUAUGAUCAUGGAAAAGAAUUUGCCAACUUCCUGGACACUAUCCUCAGGGCAGAAUGCUUCUUACAAGAGGGGUUUUAUUCCUGUGAAGCAUUCCUGUAUAAGAGCCUUCCUCUCUGGGAUGGCAUCUGUUGUCGAUCACAGUUCCUUCAACUUGUGAGCUGGAUUCCUUUUAGUAGCUUCUCUGAGGUGAAGCCACUUCUUUUUGACCACCUUUCUCGGCUUUUCUUUACAUCAUCUAUUUUUUUCAAGUGUAGUGUUCUUCAGUGUCUGAAAGAACUACUGCAGAAUUGGCUGCUGUGGCUUUCUGUGGACAUCCAUGUGAAAUCUGUGAGGAACAGUCCUCUGUGA